UUUUUUUUUUAUGUUCGGAUUUAUUUCCAGUUUUGUUAUCGUACCUGUAGUGAUUCUGUUCAUAAUUUUGUUCCAUGAUUUUUCCAACAUAUCUUUUUAAGCGUCAGUAGUGAAGUGCGGUUGUGCAAAAUGUCAAAUUGAAAAACGAAAAAAAAAAAAGACCACGAAAAAAAAUGCAGUUCCAUUUAUUUUUUUUUUCCUGUUAAACAUUCAUGGACCGUGAAGCAGCAUUUGAAUUGGUUGUAUCUUUUUCAAUAAAUUUACUACUAAUGCAUUUCUUCUGCGCUGCCUCACUUGUCGCAUUUCCUCUCGGGAGGCAACGCCGUCGACUACCAAGUUUUGCUUUUGCAUAAGAUCUUAAGUUCCUCCUCAGAGGUGACUUUCUUGCUCUUCUUGAAACGCAAACGACUGAAAUAUCUUUCGAUUGGAGCCUGCAGGAAGUUGGGAGAGAGUGAAGACUAGGAUGAUAAUUUGCCUUUCUCCAGAUGUGAAAAUGACCUGGAUGCCAUUGACUGCUAAAAAGAGCAAACUUUGAGAAGACAGCUGCUUGAUUAGCAUUAUGACAGAAGGGUACAGAGAUAAGGCAGCACACUACUGCUACGGAGUCCAAUUGAUUGAUAGUCCCUGACAUGAUACAGGAUACGUUCUAAUGAUGUCCUCAACCGGAGUGCAAAUUAUAAUCAACGAGAAGCGAAUCGGCUUCAAAAUGCAGUGACAAAUGCAAAGACAUGAUCUUUUUACGCUUUUCAGUUUUUUACAAAUGGGCCGAUGAUUGCUCCCUUCCUGGCUACCCAAAGGAACACUUGGAAGCUUUUGAUAACAAAACCCAGAGGAAAUUCUCCGCGAGGAUUCCGACGAUAAGGUCCUCAAAACACGGUUGAGCAGGAAGCUGCCUUUCCACAUUCCAAGAUGAGAGAAACCGGUGCGUGUCUGUCCGAGUGAGGCCCUCCCCUGGAAGCGGAGUCUGCCGCAGACAGAACUUUGCUUGCUACACAUGCCACUUUUCAUCCACUUGUGCCGGUUUAGUUUGGAACAGCCAUGAAGAGAAAAGUUCCUCACUCCUCCAAAUGGGCAGAGACCCGAUCUACUGUGGUUUACGCACUGCGUUCAGCCACGUUUAGCUCAUGGCGGAUGCUGACCCUGGGGGCCGAGUACGAGGACACCUGGGCCCUGGCACGUGACAAGAGGCGUCCACUCCGACAACAGCCGAAGGAGUCUCCCGGGCGGGCGCCUGGCGCAGAUGUCGAGCCUUCGUGGAAACACUGCGAGACCACCAACACGACUAAGUACGACACCGUCAUACACUUGGAUGGAGCCACCAGAGUGGGGACCAGCGAGGGGUUGUGUCACAUUGUGCACAAGCACGAGAUGGAGACGAAGCCAUGUUGGCCAGACAGAAUGGCUCGUUUCACUGACGAUCUCCCCACCCGCUAUGGAGGAAGCGCUGGCGGCGGCGGCGGCGGCGGUGGCGGCGGCGGAGGAGCAGCAGGAGGAGGGAGAGGAGCGCCGGGUGCGGGAAGAGGGGGAGCCCGCGGUGGAGGCGCUCCGAGCGGCCAGAGGAUGUACAAGCAGUCGAUGGCCCAAAGGGCCCGGACGAUGGCCAUUUACAACCCGAACCCCGUCAAGCAAAAUUGCUUGACUGUCAACCGCUCCCUCUUCAUCUUCCGGGAGGACAACCUGAUCAGGAAGUAUGCCAAACGUAUAACAGAGUGGCCUCCAUUCGAAUACAUGAUCUUGGCUACCAUCAUCGCCAACUGCAUCGUCUUGGCCCUGGAGCAGCAUCUGCCUGCCAGCGACAAGACGCCCAUGUCGGAGCGCCUGGACGACACAGAGCCCUACUUUAUUGGAAUAUUCUGUUUCGAGGCAGCCAUUAAGAUCAUCGCCCUGGGCUUUGCAUUCCAUAAAGGCUCCUACCUCCGUAACGGAUGGAAUGUAAUGGACUUUGUGGUCGUUCUCACAGGAAUCCUGGCCAAAGUGGGCUCCGACUUUGACCUGCGAACGCUGCGGGCUGUGAGAGUGCUGCGACCCCUCAAACUGGUGUCCGGAAUUCCCAGUCUCCAAGUCGUGCUGAAGUCCAUCAUGAAAGCCAUGGUGCCGCUGCUUCAGAUCGGCCUGCUGCUUUUCUUCGCCAUUGUCAUGUUUGCAAUCAUCGGGGUGGAGUUUUACAUGGGCAAAUUCCACACCACCUGCUUCAACAUCGACACCGGUGAAAAAGCCGCAGAGUGGCCUUGCGGUCUGGAGCCCCCUGCCAGGUUGUGUCCCAAUGGGACCCAGUGCAGAGAAUACUGGACCGGACCCAAUUUCGGCAUUACCAACUUCGACAACAUCCUAUUUGCCGUGCUUACGGUGUUCCAGUGCAUCACCAUGGAGGGCUGGGUCGACAUCCUCUACAGCACCAACGAUGUGGCAGGAAACACCUGGAAUUGGCUCUACUUCAUCCCUCUCAUCAUCAUUGGCUCUUUCUUCAUGCUCAACUUGGUGCUUGGUGUCCUAUCCGGAGAGUUUGCCAAAGAGAGAGAGCGUGUGGAGAAGAGGCAGGAGUUCCUGAAGCUUCGAAGGCAGCAACAAAUUGAGAGAGAGCUCACGGGAUACCUGGAAUGGAUCUGCAAAGCCGAGGAGGUGUUGCUGGAGGAGGAGGAGGAGAUUGCAGAAGAGAAGUCACCUCUGGAUGGCGCGUGGUACAAGAGGAAACAAAAUCUGCCAGUCCUGAAACGAAGCAAAAACAAGAAGGGUAAAAAUGACCUGAUUGGCGCUGAAGAAGGGGAAGAUUCAUUCGCUGACAUCUCCUCCGUCGCUCCUCCCGGCUCCCCUUUUGGUCGGGCGAGUGUCAAAAGUAGCACCAAGAUGGACAGCUCGUCAUACUUUCGGCGUAAGGAGAAGAGGAUUCGUUUCUUUAUCCGGCGGAUGGUCAAAGCGCAAAGCUUCUACUGGAUCGUUCUGUGUCUGGUCGGCCUGAACACUCUGUGCGUGGCCAUCGUCCACUACGAUCAACCCGCGUGGCUGACGACGGCCCUGUAUACGGCGGAGUUUGUGUUCCUGGGUUUGUUUCUCACGGAGAUGACCUUGAAGAUGUACGGCCUCGGACCGAGGAAUUAUUUCCACUCCUCCUUUAACUGCUUUGAUUUUGGGGUGAUCGUGGGAAGUAUUUUUGAGGUGAUCUGGGACAUGAUCAAACCCGGAGCGUCGUUCGGCAUCAGUGUCCUGAGAGCACUGAGACUACUAAGAAUCUUCAAAGUCACAAAGUAUUGGAAUUCCCUGAGGAACCUCGUGGUCUCCCUUCUGAAUUCCAUGAAGUCCAUCAUCAGUUUGCUGUUCCUCCUCUUCCUGUUCAUCGUCGUCUUCGCUCUGCUGGGCAUGCAACUCUUCGGAGGACAAUUUAACUUUGAGGACGAAACGCCAACGACAAACUUCGAUACCUUCCCGGCGGCCAUCCUCACUGUGUUUCAGAUUUUAACCGGGGAGGACUGGAAUGCCGUGAUGUACCACGGCAUCGAGUCGCAAGGAGGCGUCCGCCGCGGAAUGUUCUCUUCCGUCUACUUCAUCGUCCUGACACUUUUUGGAAACUACACUCUCCUGAAUGUCUUCUUGGCUAUCGCCGUUGACAAUCUUGCAAAUGCGCAGGAGCUCACAAAGGAUGAAGAAGAACAGGAGGAAGCGGCCAAUAAGAAGCUUGCUCUGCAGAAGGCUCUGGAGGUGAAGGAAGUCAGUCCCAUGUCAGCAGCCAACAUCUCAAUAGCUGCUUUUGUAAAGCAAAAUCGAGAUGCAAUCUCUCGCAGGUCGUCCAUCAACAGCAUUCAGUCACUGAGUUAUAGUCUCUACUCUACCCCUGCCCGACGAUUCUCGAGCAAGGAACAGCAACGUCCAUCAAAGACCAUGUCAGUGUGGGAGCAAAGAACCAACCAGCUGAGGCGACACAACGUAAGAACGAGCAGCGAGGCUUUAUUUAACGAGCUGGACCCCGAGGAGCGCCUACGACUAUCCUCCGUCCUCCAUCUCCAUCCCGACAUGAAGACUCACCUGGACAGACCCCUUGUGGUCGAGUCCAGGAACAGUGACCCGGCGAACAGACCUCCCGAGGAAGGACAACAAGACGGUACGGGAGACGUCGUCCACUCGCACGCCAGGAAGCACCACCGCCAUCGGGACAAGAACGGCGAGGGCAGGGACGCCGGUGACGGCCGCCCGGCGAGGCAUCACACCCAUCACAGCCGGAGCAAAGAUCACAAUAGCAACGGCGCUCAGACGAAGGAGAGAAGAGGGGAGGGCGGCCACGGUCGGGAUGAGGGGCAGAGGCGCCGGCGGCACCAUCACGCGGGCUCCCCGGAAGAGGAGAGCUCCGACGUACGGGCGGGGGGGGAGGAAAGAGGGCAUCGCCACCACCACUCGCACCGUACGCCAAAAGAGGGCAAUGGCACGUUGGCCAACGGGGCCCACGGAGAGCGCAGGGGCCGGGGAAGAGGAGGCGAGGGCAACGGAGACAGAAAAGGACGCUGCUCUCGAUUGGUCCGAGCGCAGUCGACUCUGGAUGCCGAUGAAAGCCAAAAAGGCAAGAAACAUCCGAGGGAGCUGCAGUCGGACGGCGAGGAGGACGUUCUCGCCACAAGUCCUCUGAGUCUCGGAGACAAGCAAGAAGACGCCGACAACCAAAAGAAUUCCACCAGGGCCAGCCAGGCCGGAUUGAACAGCAACACGAUUCACAUCCCCGUCACCAUAACCGCCCCACCCGGAGAGACCACCGUGAUACCCAUGAAUAACAUUGAGAGCGGCAACUUUGGCAUCAGCGAGGAGAAGAAAGCUCUGGAAGAUGACGAUGCCGCCAGUCGGCCUCGGCAGAUCCUCCCCUACAGUUCCAUGUUCAUCUUUGGACAAACAAACCCGGUGCGGCGGCUGUGUCACUACGUGGUCAACCUGCGCUAUUUUGAAAUGUGCAUCCUGAUGGUCAUUACCAUGAGCAGCAUCGCCCUGGCAGCCGAGGAUCCCGUGCAAUCCAACGCGCCGCGAAAUAACGUGCUCAAGUACCUGGAUUACGUCUUCACUGGAGUGUUUACUUUUGAGAUGGUGAUUAAGAUGAUUGACUUAGGACUCCUCCUCCACCCCGGUUCCUAUUUUCGUGAUCUAUGGAACAUUCUUGACUUCAUUGUGGUCAGUGGCGCUCUUGUGGCAUUUGCCUGCUCGAGCCUAAUGGGAUCGCAACAAAGCGUGGCCAGAGGGACAAAAGGCAAGGACAUCAACACCAUCAAGUCCCUGAGGGUCCUCAGAGUCUUGCGGCCACUCAAAACCAUUAAACGUCUGCCCAAACUCAAGGCUGUGUUCGACUGCGUCGUGAAUUCCCUGAAGAAUGUUCUCAACAUCCUCAUCGUCUACAUCCUCUUCAUGUUCAUCUUUGCUGUUAUCGCCGUGCAGCUUUUUAAGGGCAAAUUCUUCUACUGCACGGAUGAGUCCAAGGGUCUCGAGAAAGACUGCAGGGGUCAGUUCCUGGAUUAUGACAAAGUGGAACGCGGCCGCGAUGUGGAAGCUCAGCCGAGAGAGUGGAAGAAAUACGAGUUCCACUACGACAACGUUCUCUGGGCCUUCUUAACGCUGUUCACCGUCUCCACCGGGGAGGGUUGGCCUCUGGUGCUGAAGCACUCAGUGGACGCCACCUAUGAGGACCAGGGCCCCAGCCCGGGUUUCCGCAUGGAGACGUCCAUCUUCUACGUGGUCUACUUUGUGGUGUUCCCUUUCUUCUUCGUCAACAUAUUUGUUGCUUUGAUCAUCAUCACCUUUCAAGAGCAGGGAGACAAAGCCAUGUCGGAGUGUAGCCUGGAAAAGAAUGAGAGGGCUUGCAUCGACUUUGCCAUAAAUGCCAAGCCGCUGACUCGAUACAUGCCGGAAAACAAGCAAUCCUUCCAGUAUAAGAUGUGGAAAUUUGUGGUGUCGCCACCAUUCGAAUACGCCAUUAUGACUUUGAUUGCCCUCAACACUGUGGUGCUGAUGAUGAAGUUUUAUGGCGCGCCGGAUCUCUACGAGUCCAUGCUGAAAUACUUGAACAUCGUCUUCACUGCCCUCUUCACUCUUGAGUGCAUCCUGAAGAUUAUUGCCUUUGGUCCACUGAAUUACCUGAAGGCAGCCUGGAAUGUGUUUGACUUUGUGACGGUGCUGGGAAGCAUAACAGACAUCCUGGUGACAGAGAUUAAGACGGACAAGAUGAUUAACCUGAGCUUCCUGAGGCUGUUCAGAGCCGCCCGGCUCAUCAAACUGCUUCGGCAGGGCUACACCAUUCGCAUUUUGUUGUGGACGUUCGUGCAGUCCUUCAAGGCCCUGCCAUAUGUUUGCCUGCUCAUUGCGAUGCUUUUCUUCAUCUACGCCAUUAUCGGAAUGCAGGUGUUUGGGAACAUCGAGCUGAAUGAAGAGACUGCAAUAAAUCACCACAACAACUUCCAGACCUUUUUCCAGGCUUUAACCCUUCUCUUCAGGAGCGCCACCGGCGAAGCGUGGCACGAAAUUAUGCUUUCAUGUCUCAGUAACCGGUCAUGUGACAAACUCUCAGGAACAACGGGGAAAGAGUGCGGAAGCGACUUUGCCUACUUCUACUUUGUCUCCUUCAUUUUCCUCUGCUCCUUCUUGAUGCUCAACCUAUUUGUUGCUGUCAUCAUGGACAACUUUGAAUAUCUGACCAGGGAUGCCUCCAUCUUGGGUCCUCAUCACCUUGAUGAGUUUAUCCGUGUAUGGGCAGAGUAUGACCCGGCUGCCUGUGGAAGGAUAUGCUACCAAGAUAUGUACAAAUUGUUGCGUUUUAUCUCCCCGCCCCUGGGCCUGGGGAAGAAGUGCCCAAACAGGGUGGCCUAUAAGCGUUUGGUCAGGAUGAACAUGCCGAUUGCGGACGACAACACGGUGCAUUUCACCUCCACACUCAUGGCCUUGAUUCGCACAGCCCUCGAGAUCAAGCUGGCAUCCGGAGUCUUGGCACAACAUCUGUGCGAUAUUGACUUGAAAAGGGAAUUAAACAGAGUUUGGCCCAGCUUGUCGCCGAAGACCGUUGACCUUCUUGUGACGCCACACAAAUACAAUGAGCUGACUGUGGGGAAAGUCUAUGCGGCUCUCAUGAUCUUCGACUACUAUAAGCAGAAUCGAGCCAAAAGACUUCAGCAGCAGCAUCCUUCGGGAGGAGUUCAGAGUAAACUGGGGGCCUUGUUUCGUCCUAUACUUCCCCUCGGUCACAUCAAGGAAGUAGAGCCUCCCAUCGCCAGUCCGGAACAACUCUUGCCUCUCCAGCCUGAGUCCGAAGCAAAGACGUCACCUCUUCCACCUGUCGCAACCACGACCGCCACCUUGGUGAACGACGACGCAAUCAGACUUGCCCAGAGGAGUUCCAUAAAACACUCCCAGUCGGGAGAUGUUUCUCUGGCCGCCCUGAGACCCAAAGGGCGGAGGAAACUACAGAGAGGCCAGUCAGAAGAUGUGCAGUGUUCCACGAGGCCUCAGGAAGUGGUUGAAAUGAAGCCGGUGGAGAUCAUCUCAGAUACGGAAGCAUACCCUGGCCUGGAAGGCCACAGUCGUGCAGCUUCUCUGCCUCGACUCAAUGCGGAGUACUACCGGAGCCACCCUCGCCACGUCCCUGGGACCCACCUGGCACCAAUCGUUGACCUCAGUCCCAUAAGACGCUCAGCCUCCUCGCUGACCCCGCCGCACAACCAGGAGGUCAUUCUGAAGGAUUACAACCUGAUGCGACCGGGUCAGCAUCAAUCAUCAGCGGUCCAAGGCCCGGACCGAGUCCAUCAACAUCAUCAUCACCACCACCGCUGCCACAGACGCAGGGACAAAGACAAAGACAAAAAGCCAAAAUCCCUGGAUAGAGCGACAUCGGUGCAGCCGCCGAGCACUGUUGGCUCAUUCACUGACCCCUCAGCCGAAGGUUUGUCUCGAGAACGAGCGAGGGAGCGCGACCGCAGUCGGCCGCACGAGAGGAGGCAUCACUCCUCUGCGGGGGAGAAGCAGCGCUACUAUUCCUGCGAGCGUUACGGCUCCAGGGAGACGAGCCACGCCAAGUCCGCCGGCCCAAGCCGGUCCGCAUCUCCAGGAGAGGGACAAGACACCGCCAUCCUUAAACAACACGGUAGCACUGGGAGUAAACCCGCCCCCUCUGGUUCAAGCACACCAGGCCGCGGUCGCAGGCAGCUGCCCCAAACUCCCCUCACUCCUCGUCCCGCUGUGGCCUACAAGACCGCAAACUCCUCCCCCCUCUCAUCCGCUGCCAGCACCACGAUGGCCGGACAUCACACUCGUGCCAGCCGUGGCCUUUCAGAACACGAGUGCUCGCGCGGGGACAGCGACCGCUCCCCGAUACCGGUCACCCGCAUUGGUUCCGACCCAAAUUUAGACCGGCAGCUGCAGGGAGCUUCUCCGCAAGCGCUCGCGGAAGAAACGGAAGACUUCCAGGACGCUGUGAGCAGCCAAGUAUUGUCGCACUCCGCCAGGGGCGGCGCCUCCGCAAGCACCUCGUCUUCUUCCCACGACGCCGUCGCUGUUCCCGUCACAGCGGCGGCCGCACAAGGGCGCGCAGACGUGGUCCCCAACGGGUACCACUUCACCUUUGGGGUCAACUCUGCGUCAAACAGCCGAGCGACAGGAAGCCUCAGGGAGAGAGAGGAUGAGGACUGGUGCUAACACGCGAGGAUACUCGAGAGGUGUUUCUUAUCCGCUGAUGAAGAAGCAGCUUGUCCGUGUUGCUCAUGUCAGGGUCGCGUGAGCUGGUCAAAGGCCGGCAGGCUUGGAAUGAGGGAAAGUGGGAACCGGCCUGUCGAAAGUGCUGUGAAAGGCUGCUAACUCUCCUUCCAGCACAAAGAACUGCCCAAGGAAAACAGAACGCUGACGUUGUCGACCCAAAACGAUUUUGAAAACCCUUCAGUAUUUUUGCCUUGGACGGUGGGGUUGAAGUUGAAAAGCCAAAAUCUUGAAGAGCAACUGUUAUGUUUUCGAAGCGUUUAAAAUGCCUCAUUCUUGAUCUACCUGGAUGUUAUAUUUUGUCUUGACAUAUAAGGGCACGGGUUUCGAUGUGAUGCGCUCGUAUCAAACAUCUGACGGAAUUCUUUGGAAGGGCCGUCGUCGACCAAGGUGAUUUUAUGUCGGUCUUGGAAAUGUUUCCAAUUCCCGCAAAGAUCAACAAGUGUCGCUUGGAGGCAAAAGAAACAAACAUGAGCCAUUUUCAUGGUCAAGCUUUGUUCAAAUUGGGGCAGGGUGGGGGGGGGGGGCGCACGCAGGGACUUGGACAACAAUUUUACAUGUGGCCGAAUACUAAGUGCCUCAUUUUACAAGAUGUGAGCAGGAGUCUGGCGUCUUUGAGUGGGUGGUCUUGUGUUGAACACACAGACAAGCAGGUAAGUCGUGGGAUGUCAACGGUUGACUACCGGAAAAUAUAAAGUUGUUUGGAUCUGUCGUGAUGGUCUAGAUAAAAAACAGAAAACUCGAGAAAAAAAAAAAAAAAACAAAGAAACAUUUUUAUAUACCGAGUCUUGUAGUUGGUGAAUCCAAACUAAAGAUCCAAAGUAAGCAGUGUAGUGCAUGCCGAGAUCUUGAACAUGUCAAAAUUGUGUCUGUACUUUAUUCAAGGGUGUGUACUAAGCAUUUGCCUUUUUCUUCAAACACACUGCCAGUCAAUCGGUAAGAUAAGGUCUGUAGAAGGACAAAAGUGCCAUUUUUACAUGAUCAAAAUGUAACUCAAGUCAGAAAUAAAUGUCCUCCAGCAGACCCGAUUCUAUUCGGGAGAUGCACAUA